AUGGCUGAAAAGAGUACAAACAACAAUAAUGGUCUUCCAAAGAAAAAAAGAAGUAAGACAGCAUCCAUUGCUAAAGCUGAAGACAGAUUAUCUAAGCUACCUGAUAUAACUCUUGGACAUAUUCUGUCAUUUCUCCCAACUACAAACGAUGUGGUUCGGACUUGCAUCCUUUCUAAGCGUUGGAAAUUGAUAUGGUAUUCUGUUCCUAAACUCUGUUUCUGUGAUACUAGUACUACUGUUCCCGAAUUUCAAAAGUUGGAAAAUUAUGUUGACAAUUGUUUGGAACACCGCAAGAAAGUUGACAAUAAAGUCAAGGAAUAUUUGAGUGUUGACUUAGAACCAGGAAAAUGUGAGAAUGAUGGUUAUUACUACUACUACUGCUUACCUAAAACAGUGUUGAACUUAAGAGCUUUGACCAUUUUGGAGUUGAGGGGAAUUGAGUUGGGUUACUCAUUUGGUUUUCCAUCCUUGAAUUCAUUAUCAUUGGAAAAUGUUCGGCUUUCAAAUAAUGUAACUACUGAUGUGCUAACCAAGUCUUUCACGGAUUGCCCUUCCCUUGAGAAACUGUCAUUAAGGCUUUCUUCGGGAAAAUAA